AUCAUCAUCUUAAAUACCGCUAUGCAGAAUUUGGAACUUUAGUCGUGUGGAUUUCCCGGAAACAAUGAGUAACAACACACCAAGUGAGGGAGAGUUAUGGGAAUGGCUACGGAAUCACACGGAUCCUGAUGAUAUACUACCGGACGAUUUGGGUCAAAAUUGGAAAACUGCCUUGAUAAUUACAUACAGCCUUAUUAUUAUAGGUGGAAUCAUAGGAAAUGUACUAGUUGUUGCAGUGAUCCUGUUAAAUAAAUCCAUGAGAUCAGUAACCAACGUACUUCUAGUUUCCCUGGCUGGUAGUGACACACUCAUAGCCUCUUGGAACAUUCCUAUGCAGCUGGUUUAUUAUGUUAAAAAUGAAUGGACAAUGGGAGAAACGCUGUGUAAAGGUGCUAGUUACUUACAAAAUGUUAGUGUUGUCGCUAGUAUCACCACUCUGAUGGUAGUUUCAAUAGAAAGGUACUACGCUAUUUGCCACCCUUUAAAAGCACGCUAUAUAAGAACACCACAGAGAGCUGGGAUUCUCAUUGCCAUAAUUUGGAUAUUUUCAUUGACCGUGUCCAUACCAAUGUUAAUGAUACAAAGACUAGAAAUACGACUUAAAGUAGAAUUUGUGUAUAUCAAAUUAGCCUAUGUCUGCGCAGAAUACUAUUCGGAACAUGUUUAUGAUGUUGUGCACACACUUUUUAUGUUUCUAGUUUUUUACACAGUUCCAAUGGUAGUUAUGUUUUGUGCUUAUGGUAGAAUAGCGUAUCAGCUUUGGAUACGAAAACCUAUAGGUGACUCUCUAGGAUCUCCACAGUAUCUUAUUAAAACACGACGACAGAAGAGAAAAAUAAUCCGAAUGCUCAUAACAGUGGUUGUUCUGUUCGGAUUAUGCUGGCUUCCGUUUUUUGCCAUUCAACUGCAUCAUUUAGAACAUGAUAUUGAUAACUCUUUUAGGUCAGCUCAAACUAUCGUUCAUAUACUGGGUUACUUAAACUGCGUUUUAAACCCUAUUGUGUAUGGCUUUAUGAACGAAAACUUUAAACAAUGUUUAAAAUCGUCCAUUUUGAAAUGUCGAGGCAUUUUCAAGACGACCAAGAGGCCGUCGCUACACACAGUCAGUAUUACUGUACAGAGCGCUGUCUAAGAGGUACUACAUGAAAAGCUAUGAUAGAGGAAUAUCGUUAUUCUUAUUUAUAAAAUUGGUUUUGAAGUUGAAGGGUAAUUUAUUACAAAGAGAAUGUGAUUGAAGGGAGUAAUUCUUUGAAAAACAAUAUGUUAUGAAAGAGGAUCACGUUAUUGGACUUUAAUCGUCUAAAUACAAGAACUUUCAUAUGUAUGAUGAAAUUUCAAGUUUCGUUUUUAUCAAAUCACAUGAUUUUUUAACACUCUCACGGCUAAUCAAAGUAGGCUAUUUUGAUCAAAAUCAUUUUCAGAUUUAGU